UUCAUAGAUAUUAUACUGGUUGUAGGUACUCAUGGACUGCUUUCUUAUUAUAUGAUGAUCAGAUAUCUUUUUGAAAAUUAACUAUAAAAGUCCCAAUAUCAGUAUACUUCAUCUAAUGCUUAAUAUAUUAUUCAUUUCAGGAAAUUGAUGAAUCUAUGAACUUUGAUGAAAUCAUCUUGGAGGCCUGUAAAUCAAUUGCAGCAGCCACAGGAGCUCUCGUGAAGGCUGCUUCUUCAGCACAACGUGAGCUUGUUGAUUCAGGAAGAGUUAGGCGUCGUCCCACAGUCACCUCUGAUGAUGGGCAAUGGUCUGAGGGCCUGGUUUCUGCUGCUCGUCUUGUAGCCGCAGCCACGCAUUCUCUGUGUGAAGCCGCUAAUGCACUAGUCCAAGGACAAGCUAGUGAAGAGAAGCUGAUCUCAGCUGCAAAGCAAGUGGCUGGCUCAACUGCUCAGUUGCUUGUAGCAUGUAAAGUAAAAGCUGAUCCAGACUCAAAUGCUACCAAGCGCUUGCAGGCUGCAGGAAAUGCAGUUAAGCGAGCCACAGACAACUUGGUAAAGGCUGCCCAGCAGGCCAUCGAACAUGAAGAAGAGUUCACAGUAGUUGUUAAAAAUCGUCUUGUUGGUGGUAUGGCCCAGGAGAUUGAUGCCCGAGAACAGGUCCUGAAAGUAGAGAGAGAACUUGCAGAGGCAAGAGCCAAGUUAUUAGCUAUCCGUCGUCAGAAGUAUGGAAAGGAUGGCAAUGAAUCAGGACUUUCAGAUACUGAUGGAUAUCUCUCUGGUUACGAUUCCUCCCAUGAAAAUUCUGGUGUCAUCACUACCACUCGUGCUGUAAAGGUUACAUGCAAGUAUCCGGAUCCCCCCCAGACAAGGUCACCAAACCUCUCCCACACUACAUCAUUCAACCCGAGCCCCAUCCGCAGCCAUCUUACUUCACACCAAACAUCCCAAUCUUUCAACCAGUCACAUUUCCAGUCAAACGGAGGAUCAGCUGAUAAUUCAUUCAAUCUGUCUGGAGCCAGCGAUGGUGGUGCAGAGUUUGAUGAUGGACCUACAUUCAAGGAAGCCCUUAGAGCAUUCCAGAACAAAGGAACUGGUUCAGCUAGCUCCUCUGCCAACACCUCCUUGAACAGAUCCAGCAGAACUUCCACUCAGAGUGCCCAGCAGAUUCUGUCAAGCUCAACUCAGCGUAUUGAGCGCACCAUGCACAUGACCAGCUCAAACAGAAGCUAUCAUGUAGAGGAGAGCUGAAACAAGAUACCAAAUGCAUUUACUGUGUUAGGUGUUAUAGAGUAGAUCUUCCCAGCCUGGUUAGGAUUGCAUUGCUUAUAUUAUUGUCUCUGAAGAAAUCUAUUUUGUGUAGACAGACAUUAAAUUUACUGAAUAUUAUAUAUCAGCAUGUAUACAGGUGCAGUAAUUUGAGUUCAUUGUCAGGCUUCAUGUCGCUUUCACCCAUGUGCUUUUAUGUCUGCGUGCAAGUUAGGUAAGAAUUUUAAGUCCUGAACUACAGGUGCCUUUAAAUGUCCAUCCACAGGCAUCCACUCUUGGAUGUACGGUGGAAAUGGACUCCAGCCUUAUCACAUAAUAUUAUCCAGUUUCAAUUUAUAAUUUUCUAAGGUUAUUGUAUUUCUCCCAUUGCUUUAAAUCAAACUAGAUAGUUAUUAUGGGGAAAAUACAAAUGAAAGAUAAUGCUUAUUGAUUAUAAUUAAUAUAUUGAAUCCUAUAUUUAGAAAUAAGUAAUCCUUUUAAUAACAGAUAAACCAAAUAAUAAAAUGUUAAAUUGGAAUGUUCUUUAAAAGUUUAAACCAUUCAGCCUAGAAUGUUUCACAACUUAUCCCAUAGAUGUAAAUGAAUAACAGCUGACAUGCUUACAUUUUGGUUACUGAAUUAACAUUUUGGUGCUGAAAAUUUUCUUAUAUUAGUCACAUAAAACAUAUCAUGAUGUACAGUUGUAAUGUAUGCUAUUGUAAUGUAGCUUAGUACAAAGAGGGUAAAUAAGAGGGAGGGGGAAUUUUUAUGAAAUAGAAGAUUUAUAGGUUAUUUAUUGUUCAUUAACAUGAUAGAGCUUCUUAAAUGUCAUGUAAUCAAUAAUACUUACUGCUUUUAGAAUUUGUAGGGGAAAGUUUUAGUGAUUGAUUUCUCUUCUUUUUAAGACAUGAAAAAUAUGUAUACUUACAUGUAUACUUAUAUUCUCCCUCUCUCUGUGCACUGCCCACCACCUUGUUCUUGCGAGCCCACUCCAGUAAAUCCGUCGCAAAAGAAACAGUGCCUAGGGUCAGAAGGCCCUUGUGUCUUACCGUCUAACAUGUAACAUAUAAUAAAAGUGUGUAUGCAA